UCAAUUAAGGAGUAGGAAAAUAUUCUUUUGGCUUAGGAGAGCGAAAAAUAAAGAAAAAGUCUACUGACGGACCUGGAAGCUUGCAGACACAGAAAAGUUAGAGGCGGCGGCGGAUUCCCGAUGAUAUAAACGAUCCACCUGAAGUCUCCGGCGAUAUUGAUCGGAAUCGGAAGCUGUUUUCAGUCACAAGCAAUCGCUUAGUACGAUGGGCUGCACGCAAUCGAAGAUCGAGAACGAGGAAUUGGUGGCGCGAUGCAAGGAUAGGAAGCAAUUAAUGAAGUCGGCUGUCACGUCCCGCAACGCCUUCGCCGCCGCCCACUCCGCUUACACCAUGGCUCUCAAGAACACCGGCGCCGCCCUCUCCGAUUAUGCCCAGGGAGAGGUCCAUGAUCUCCACCUCGCUUCCACCGUCCUCCCAUCUUCCUCUUCCGCCCCCGCCGGCCAAACCGCUUUCCCUUCAUCAUCAGCCGCCGUUGCUAUUGGUACUGGCGCCUCAGUUGUACAUCCCCCGCAAGAUAACCUCCCUCCGCCUCCUCCUCCACCCGACCAUCUCACAACCGUCUCCCCCUUACAGCGCGCGGCCAGUAUGCCCGGUCUACCAAUUUCCAGUGUCCGACGGAGUAAAUCUGCCCAAGACUCGGAGAUAAUCGAAGAAGACGAUACGGAGGCCACUGUGGAUGAUUCUGAGGUGGAUACUGUUGACGACAGCUCCGGAGCCCCCGCGACGCCUCCGGCACCUCCUGCACCACCAAAACCCUCAGAAACCAAACCGCCGCUGCAGCACCCAGCUCCCGACGAGAACUGGGAUUUCUUCGGCAUAUUCAAAACCGAGAAUAUCCCCGCUCCAUCUCUCGGUCAGCCGGAGGAAUCGAUGCUCAAUAAGGAAGCGGAAAAUUUUGCCCAGACAGAAUCUUCUACCGCUGCUGCUAUUAAGGAUCCCACGGCUCCGGUCCCAGCGACGGUGAUCCCGGAGAAGAUUGUUGCCGAACCGCCACAGACUCAACAGCAAAAGAUAGUGAGGAAGCCGAGGCAGAGCGGCAGCUCAUCGCACCAUCAUCGGACAGGGUCUUCAGGUGGGGGGUCGGAGAGCAAGCGAGGGAAGAUGGUUCCCGCUGUUCCUCAUAGUUUUAGCUUCCUGCAAAUUCUGAAUGAGCUGGAUGACCAUUUCCUCAAGGCUUAUGAAAGCGCGAAGGAGGCUUCAAAAAUGCUUGAGGCAACAAGGCUGCACUAUCACUCCAAUUUCGCGGAUAAUCGAGGACAUAUUGACCAUUCUGAAAAAGUCUUGAAGGUUAUCACAUGGAAUAGGUCAAUUAAAGGCAUCCGCAGCGAGGCUGAUGCCAAUGAUGAUUUAGAUGAUGAGAAGUGGGAAACUCAUGCCACAGUGUUGGAUAAGAUGCUUGCAUGGGAGAAGAAACUUUAUGAUGAAGUUAAGGCUGGUGAGCUUAUGAAAUUUGAAUACCAGAGGAAGCUCUAUUUCCUGAAUAAACAGAAAAAACGUGGUGUGGAAUCUGAAUCUCUGGAAAAGCUCAAAGCAUCAGUGAGCCAGUUGCAUACAAGAUACAUUGUUGAUAUGCAGUCGAUGGAUUCUACCGUCUUAGAAAUUAACAGCCUGCGUGAUCAGAAGCUGUACCCAAGGCUUGUUGAACUCGUUGAUGGAGAAAAAAUUGGAGAAUUCAAGACAAAAAGAGAGAUGAGAGAGAAAAGCUUGGUUUUGGCGAUCGUAGAGUCAUUUUUGUCUGUCGACCCAAUUAGAAAAUUUGCUUGUCUCGAGGUAGGUUGUAAUGUUUUGCAUAUUUCAAAUUUUUAAUAAUUUUAUGUUUUU